GCCAGUCGCCGGCCGGUCAUGGCGGUGUGCGCGCGGCUGUGUGGGGUGGGGCCGGCGCGGGGCUGCCGGCGGCGCGGGGCGCAGCGGGAGCAGCGGCGGGAGGGCCCGGCCGACAGCGAGCCCGACACGGACGCCGAGGAGGAGCGGAUCGAGGGAGCCCGGCUGGGACAAGGGCAGGCUCCGGACCCGGCCGCCCGGGCCCCGCUCUCCCUGCUGGAGCUGCCCCCCGAGCUCCUGGUGCAGAUCUUCGGCUCCCUGCCCGGCACCGACCUGCCCAGCCUGGCCCGGGUCUGCAGCGCCUUCCGCCGCAUCCUCCGCACCGACACGAUCUGGCGGCGGCGCUGCCGGGAAGAGUAUGGUGUCUGCGAGAACUUACGGAAACUGGAGAUCACAGGAGUGUCCUGUCGAGAUGUCUAUGCCAAACGUAUAAAUCCACGAGUGAAGUCGGGGCGUUUUAUGAAAAUCCUUCCCGACUACGAACACAUGGAGUACAGAGAUGUUUACACCUGCCUGCUGCACCGAUACCGACUCAUCUUGGGACUAUGGCAGCCGGACAUUGGGCCGUAUGGGGGACUGCUGAACGUGGUGGUAGAUGGCUUGUUUAUCAUUGGCUGGAUGUACUUGCCCCCUCAUGACCCUCAUGUGGAUGACCCGAUGAGGUUCAAGCCCCUUUUCCGGAUUCACUUAAUGGAGAGGAAAAGUGCGACUGUCGAGUGUAUGUACGGCCACAAGGGGCCACACAAUGGCCAUAUCCAGAUCGUAAAGAAGGACGAGUUCUCCACGAAGUGCAACCAGACAGAUCACCAUCGGAUGUCAGGAGGAAGGCAAGAGGAAUUCCGGACGUGGCUGAGGGAAGAAUGGGGCCGGACUCUGGAGGAUAUCUUCCAUGAGCACAUGCAAGAGCUCAUCUUGAUGAAGUUCAUCUACACCAGCCAAUACGACAACUGCUUGACGUACCGACGCAUCUACCUGCCUCCUAGCAGCGCUGAUGACCUCUUAAAGCCGGGUCUCUUCAAGGGAACUUAUGGGAGCCAUGGCCUGGAGAUUGUCAUGCUGAGUUUUCAUGGGAAGAAAGCCAAAGGGACUAAAAUAACUGGAGAUCCCAAUAUCCCAGCUGGCCAGCAGACGGUGGAGAUCGACCUGGCGCACCCCAUCCAGCUCCCUGACAUCGAGAACCUGCGCAACUUCAAUGAGCUCUCCCGCAUCGUCCUGGAGGUGCAGGAGCAGGUGCGCCGGGAGCAGCAGCAGCAGCAGGAGGAGGAGGAAGGGCAGAGCGAAGGGGAGGGCCGCUCCCGACAGGGCGACUCGCAGCAAGCGGAGCAGCCUGUGCAGAGGGAUGACACUGGGGCUGAGGGGACAGAGGCUGCGGGGGCAGCAGCAGCCCAGGAGUCGGCACCAACCUCGCAACCCUUUGUGCUGCCUGUGGGAGUCAUAUCGAGGAACGAGGAUUAUCCCCGGACCUGCCGGAUGUGUUUCUAUGGCACGGGGCUCAUUGCCGGACAUGGCUUCACCAGCCCUGAGCGAACGCCAGGCAUCUUCAUUCUCUUCGACGACGAUCGUUUUGGGUUCAUCUGGCUGGAGCUGAAAUCCUUCAGCCUCUACAGCAGGAUCAAGGUCUCUUUCCAGAAUGCUGCAGCACCGUCCCGAGAGGCCUUCGAUGAAAUGCUCAAAAACAUUCAGUCGAUGACGACUUGACAGGCGGCCCCUGGUGGACAGAGGAGGGAUUGCGAAGAAGGCUUCUGCUCUCUCCUGCCAAGGACAGAACCCUUGCCUGUGGUACCUCUGAACAAAAGCAUGCACUUUUCAAUAAGACCUUUUUGCCAAAGUCUACACAUCCCUGUUAGAAUAUAAACAGAAUCCCACACUGCUCCCUGGCAGUACUUUCUAUAUAGCCUGCGACACAGCUCUGCAUAGUGAGAGGGAACCUACACAGGAGGGAAAUGAGCAUGCUUGCAUUUUUAAAAGAAUGUAUCAGAGCAAAAUUCCUUAGAGGCCAAUGUUGAGGAACGUGUAAAUCGAUAUAGCGGACGUGUUAUAUACGUGCUCUCUGCUCUAGCCAUUGGCACAUCCCUGCAGAAGGCAAACCCUUCAGUGAAGUGUCGUGUUAAAUCUUUCCUGCAACCAGCCCAAUCUAACAAUUUGAAGACUUGAUCACCACCCAAAAACCCCACACCCCCACCUGCAAAUUACCUGCCAAUUUAUUGCGUGGCUCAAAAAUGACUAAUGUGUGUUUCGCCCCCUCCAGGGCCCUUCCUUAUAAUGCAGCCUUGAUGGAAAAACCUGAGGUAGCUCUGCCCUUGGUUUGGGAAUCAAAGUGGGAUUCAACAGUAAAAGAAGGGAUUUCCACUGCAAACAGCUCCACAGGUACCCUCGUGCUUCCUCCCAGAGCUCGCUGCCCGCAUGGCCCUCUUGGACUCUAGUCUGAUUCUGACUAGAGGCCAAGGGGGAAUCAUAGCUCCCUUUAUAGGGCCCCAGUAUGGAACUCCAAACAAAACCAGUUCAGAUUGGAGGAGAGUCUUCUGCAGUUUUAACUCAUUUUAAGUGGCUCUUUUUAAAGACUUUUAAAGUUCUCGUUUUAAAGAACUAAAAAUCCUCUAAAUAUGAUGAAUUUCUGACUGUCACCUCUGCACGCUCGCUGGAUGGCAGCCACUGUGAAAUGUGAUUUCUGGCUAGGCCAGUGCCGGUGAUGUGUUGUUUCCCCCUGGGAAGUGUAAAGGAAGCAGUUAGGAAUUCCAUGGUGCUGUGGUUCAUUCUGGUGCCUCUCAGCGGCUUUACUGACACUUCACUGGGAACGUUUUGUUUAUUUUUCAGUGGCCCCUGUAGACUUCUGUCUCUCAUGGCUUCCCCUGUCCCCAUACUGCAGGGUUCUUGUAUUCUUUCCCCUACCUAACACGGAUUUCUCUUCUAGUGACACCCCUCACUCCUAUGUUGUCCCAAAUCACAAUCACUGCUGCUAUCUCAGGAAGCUUUUGCUCUUAAUUUCCUGUAGCUACUCUUAACAUAGCUAUCUGAGCUCUGCUGGAAGGUGCAGGUAGGUGGGAAGGAGUCCAGAAUUCCAACCACCAUCUCCUACCUGGCAGUGUUCUGCUUCGAAAGCAAAGGAGCUGCUUGCCUCAGAGACCCGUUAAAGUGACUGGUAGCUGACUGUAAGUCAGGCAGCAGGUAACUGUGCAGCAGAAGGAUUAUGGUUUGAGCCCCAUCUCUCUCAUCCACAGAUCAAAAGUUUUCCAGACACUUUUGUUCUCUUCAGUCUUGGGUAGAAAGAGAUGCAGGAAUCCGCAACUGAAUGAAGAAGGAGUAGAGGUAUAACAUAUCAAGGGAACUGCCUUCCUUUUCCAGUUUCCUCCAUCUCUUUGCCUUGAGCCUGGGAUCAGGGGCUGGGAGAACCGCAGCUGUGAGGCAGCUGAUGGAUAACUGUGCAUUUUAACGUCUCUCCUGCUAUUGAUCACUUGUCAGCUAUUAUAGAAGCGAUCUCCCCAACAGCUUCUUUUGGGGCAGAUUGUGGGAGCGGGGAUAUAAGGAAAGGCUUGACUCCAAGUGAAAUUUGCGUCCUUUUUUCCCAAUCCCUUUUGGAGAGGAGGAAGACUGUUAAAGAUUGCAUCUUUCAACCGCCAUCAGAGUGCCUCCAUCUGUGGGACGACUCCUUGUCUUGCAAGUUCUCCCCCUUUCCACCUCUGACCCUCCAGACCUCCGUUUGUAAGCAGGAAUACAUGCGCAAUGGGGUGGGAUGAUUUUGUGCUGCUUUUGUGGGAGAGACUAGCUGAUUGGCUGAUUUCACUGAUAACAGGAAACUUAUUCCCUCCUGUUGCAGUUUUGUUGCUGCUUCUCCGACUUCAGCCUUCACAUUAUUCCCUUCCUGAGCUGCACGUGAACAGUGGUGUCCCUCAGUGGCUCAGAACAGCAGGUUGUGUCACUCAUGGGACUAAUCCCUGUUAUAUCAAGUUGCAUGAAUCUAUGUGGAUUAGAGAGAAAUUCUGGGCACUUCUCCUUGCCUUCCUACCCAAUUGUCCCUAGCGUGAACCAUACCGAGGCAUACAUCAGAGUGAGAGGGCCUCUGGAAUGUUAGUAGUGUUCGUCUGGAUAACCUAUACAAACGAGGCAGACUCAGUGUAGCUUGAGGGGCUAUGCCUCUUUCUACCCCAGCAGGAGGGAGAAUUAGCUUUCGUCCCACACCAUUGCUAAGGCUGUGGAAUGCUGGCAGGGUGUUUAUUUCUCUGGUCAUUGGUGUGUGGGCACAGGCUAAAACCAGCUUCUCAACCUUAGUUCUGAAUUUCCUUUGUGUCCUUCACACCAGACGCUCAGAGCUGCACCUGUGCAAAUGCACAAGCAAAAAGAAGCACUGGCUAUUGCAGGUGCAGUUGUGCAGGCUAAUUAGGUGUCUGCAGGUGUGAGUUUGAGCAGCCAUUUUCAGGUCUAAUUUCUAAGGCAAAAGUGUGUCCAUAACUGCCCUAAUUUACAUAUGGAAAUCAAAAAUCUGGCCCUUAACAGACUCUCCUGAAUUGUUUCCACAGUAGCACUUAAAAAUGAACCUGCAUUUAAUACAAUAUGGGCACUUGACCUGAGAGACUCGUGACUCCUUUGGAGUUGUUCCAUCAAACAUAGACCCUUAUAUUGACUCGGUAGCCGAUCUCGGAGUAGAACCAAUCCCUCGUGUGUUAUGUACCCAGUUGGGGGAAUGUGUAAAGAGAAUGUGUACACCAAGAUUUAUUAGAAUGAUGUUAUGGGUCAUGAUUGCCGCUUAGACUGCCCCGUAUUUAAGUCUGGCUGCGGAGUUGGGGUGGGGGGAACCCUGCUUCUGUAACCUGUGGCCCCAGGACAUCAUGCCGUGGAAGAUGGGGGGGGGGGCUUUUCACAAAUAUAGUCUUGAUGCUUGUGUUCGAGCCCUCUUGUUAGGCUGUCGGCACUUGCCCAGCAGCGUCUGAUCUCCAGACUGGCGCAGUGCCCCCCUUAGAGCGUGUGUCUGCGUAAUAUUUUAAUGGCAGCUUUCGAGUUCUUCCAUGGAUGCCCUUUGAACUCGAGAUGUGCUUGGCACGGUAGCCAGCUCCGCACCCAGGGAGAGGGCUGUGCAGAGACUGCUCUGCCCUUUUAGAAGCUCCUUUCUUUUAUAGGGUGCCCGACUAACUUCAGUGUCGGAACGUACCUGGCCGAACUGCUGGCACAUCGUGGUUUUCAUUCUCUUGCUGGAGAGACAGUGACUGGAAUCCGGGCUCAUGCCAAAAAAAGCCCUUCAACCUUGUGACAUUUCAGAGGCGAAUUCCCUUUGAUCUGGCCCUGUGUGAAUGGAAAGUUGGCGGAGGUCUGAAGCCAUGGCAAUUGGUACUUCACCUCUGGGGAGCAGUGGCCUCCCAGGCUACAGUCUGUGUAGGGGCCUUUGGACCAAGGUGUACCCGUGUUUUUCACGGAAAGGUAGAAGAAAAAAAAGGUGCCGUGAAGAGAUUGACACAGCCGCUUUCAGAGUCAGGCUGCAGAAGGGCAGAGAGAGAGAGGAGGGGCACUUUGAAGGCGUAAGCUACACGAAAACAUCAGCAGGUUCAGUGGGGCAGUCUCAUCGGUGGGGUGGUAAUUUUAAGCGGUGUCUUGCCAGUCACGGAGGGGUCUGGCCAUGGACCUAGCGCCUACUCCCAUGACAGCGUACACAAGUGAUCGUGUCAGAGGUCUAGUCUGGCUGCACUGAUUCCUGCAGGCUGUAACAUGCCCUGGAGGGCGAGAUUUUAUAUCCUGUCCCCGGCCAGCUUCCUGAGUCCUACUGGCAACAUAGCCAGUGACUAAUCAAGGAUUUUUUUUCCCCUCUGGAGAACGCCACUUACUGCAGAUGGGGCCCAGCAAGCCCCUCUGCAUUACUGUGAAAUCGUAAAGCUGUGGAUAGGGUUGAUCCCUGACAACGGGUUUUUACAACAACUGGAAAACGGCGUCACUCCUGGCGGGGGAAGCCUCUGGCUCGGCAUCGUCUCCCGAGCGUUACGGAGCUUGCGUCCUAGCAGAGGUGUGCUGACGCUCGCACUAGACCGGUCACUUGCGGAUGGAGGAUGGUCUGUUGUGCCCCUGAAAACUGGGGUGUGAAACCCCUGUUUAAAAGUAUUUAAAUGGUGGCAUAACCGCUCUGUACUGUAGAGCAGCUUGAAAAACUUACUGGUCUCUCCACCUGAACUGAUCACUGGCGGUGGGGGGAUAGAUAGUCUUACUCCGAGCUCUCCUCCCGUUCAGGAGGCCCCUUGCUUUUCGUCCAGGUCGAGAUGAUAUUUUACCCUGCAUUAACGGGACUCUGCCCUAGUCUAGUCCCGCCAAGCCAAUGGUCUCCAAGUAUUUUACCAAAAGCAAAGGGCUGCUGCUGCAAGCCCUCUGUGCUCAUGGGGGGACCGAUCCAAAGCCCGUUGGAGUCGAUGGAAAGACUCCCCAAUGACAUCAGUGGGUUUUGGCUCAUGCCCAGAAUGCUUGCAGGAUCGGGCCCUCUCUGAGUGGCUCCAGAUGCCUCCGCCAGCCCUCUGCUUGGCCCAUGGGGAGCCUGUAGAAAAGCAGGGUCGGCUGUUGUGGCUGGUAGCACAGGAGAACUUCUCAGGGGUGUCUGAAUCUGCGGUGGGGGAAGUAAGCAUGUUCCAAGUUUGUACAGUGCCUAGCACGGUGGGGUCCUGCUCCGUGACUGGGGCUCCUAGAUACUGUGAUAACGCCAAUAAUCACCUGUGCUACAGAGGCAUAGUGAAAGCUGGAGUGCGGAAGCGUCUGGUUGUGGGAAGGGUUUUCUCUAAUUAGCAGUGUUGCGCAGCAAAAGUGCACUUCAAGCGUGUGGAAUCCUGUCACUUGGUAUUGGGAGGCUGAUGGGCCUCUCUUGUGGGUUAGUUGAAGAAUUGUCAUUGGGUGGGGGGUGGUACAGUGUUUCCAGGCGCUGUGUUCCUCUGGGGUGAAGGCACUUGUCCUUGGGAGGAGCAGUUGCUUACAAGGGAGGGGUCUGCGUGUCUGAGCUGGCCCAAGAUGAGGAGCCAUGUGGUGGAGUUUGCAUCUUCUAGGGUGCGACAGAGUUCCCACCUUUCUGGGGGCAUCUCCGUUUCCCAGUGUUCGUGCACUGUCCUGUGAGUGGUGCUUGAGGGGAAACACCUGUUAGAGGAGGCUGAGAUGGAGACUUAAGGCACCCUGUGUCUCUUCUGUGACAAUGGAAAGCCUUUGGGGAAAGUGCCCUGUACGCAGACAGGAAAUAGACUCUGACUGGUCAGUCUGUUGGUCUAGGAAUGCUCUGCUGGCAAUAGCGCCGAGGAAUACAUAAACCAAACCCCUGCAAUCUGCACUGCAACCUGACCUAGCAGCUACUGGACAAACCAUGGCUCAGCAUCCUCUAACAGGUGUUUCCAUGGAAGCACACUCAGGAUAGUGCAUGAACAUUAGGAAUCAGAGAUGCCCAUGAAGCAGCUGGAAACUCUGUCACACCCUUGGAGACUUUCCUGAAUGUGGGUUUAUUUCUAGCUCAGUAUCACAUCCAAGAAACUUCAUAGAACCUGUAACGACGAGUAAGAUGUCCAUGUGUUGGGCUGGAAUUCUUUUUAGCUGUAAACUGCUGUGACCCAACAGGACUCUGCACUGGUACAGAAGGUUUUUGGCAGUCCAGAUAGACUUGUAAAGUUCUGUUUACUUAGGGAGAAUGCAAAUGUGUAGCUUUGGGUAUCCACUUUCCCCUGCAGUUGCUGUCUGUCUGUUUCGAACAGUGUGGCUGCAGCAAUUCUGGCACGAGGUAUCAAGGGAAGAGAUGCAGCUCCUUAGGAAAUGAUAGGGGAAAGGAGGUAACUUCUACAGAAGACGUGCUGUGGAGAAGCAAACAGCUGGAGAAAAAUGAAACAGGCUCAAUUUUUACUUUACUGGAUGACUCUUAAUUUAAGGAGCAUUUUUUUUUAUUUUUAUUUAAAACUAAUCACUGAGCAUAAUGCAAGUGCUGGCUUCAUGUGUUGAAAUGGGGCUGUUUGAUCUCAGAUUGCUAGCUUAGAAGAUAAUAUAUAAUUUUGUGUGUGUAGAUGGCUACUCACAUGGCCAAACUUCUUUCAUUGUGUCCAGCUGCCACAGGAUUGCAUGUUGGUAUUUGUGGUCCCAGGCAGACAAGCAGUGGAACGUACUUGAGCUCAAUCUGAAGAAUGAGGUAACUUAUGUAAAUGUGAGUGCAACUGGUUUUUGUGUGUGUGCUAAAUUAAAAUGUGUAAUUAUGUAUGGGGUUUUUUGUUUGGGCUGCACUCUAAUUUUCAAUCUUGACAAAAAAGCACUUAAGUUAGUUGUGUUCAUUUGCUUUAUCAAAGCAAUAUGCCCUUUGUUGGUUGAUUUUUUUUCUGCCCCCCCUUCGUUCCCCUAGAUAUUCCUGUGUGUAUCCUUCAUUAACAAUUUCAUGUGGCACAGACUACAGUCUCCAACUGGCCUUUCAGAGUAAGGUUCAUAUCUGGUGUCAAUACCAUUGUUGUCUUAAGUGUUUGUAAAGUGCCAUGUGCAUCCUAUGACACAAUAUAAGUAACACGCCAGCUAUCUGCCUUCUACAAAUGGUAGCAGAGAGAGGAAAGGUGAACUUUCUUUCUGAAAUGCUGCUUGAUCCUCCCUUUCUGGCACUUAAACCUCUUAUGCUACAAACAUUAACAUGAAAAAUCAGAACUGUAGUUUAAACAAUGCACCUGUCCCAGUUUGUGUCCUUUUGUGGGGGCGGAGGGGGAUUUUUUGCCUCUGCUUGUAUUUGGUUUGGGGAGGAAAGGGAUUGUUCUGCAAAAGACAGCAGUGAUUUUGCAGUGCUUGCCCGCUGCAUCCCAGGUGUCGGAUAGAAAGCUGUGUGAACAAAGUGAGUGUGUGUGUGUGACUUUUACACCUAUUAUGAUUACCCAAGGAGCCUUUUCCAAUUUAAAAUAAUAAAAACAAAAAUUUUGUGAA